CUUCCCUUCCCCCAACUCGAACCACAGCAAACAAAUUCCGUCUCAUUUCUUCACUCACAGACUCUACUAUCACCAUCGCCAGAUACCCUAUCAGAGGCUCACAUAUGGUUCACGUCGUUAUCAUCGGCGCUACGGGCUUCGCGGGCAAACAUGUCCUACUUGAUGCUCUGCGCGAAAACCGCAUCACCAAGGUCACUGUCGUCGGACGGCAUGCGCCCUCGAUUGAGGCCCCCGACAUGGCCCUUAUCCGCAAAGCCAUCGUCGACAAGCUCACCAUCAUUCAGCGCGACGACCUGGGCGCAUGCUGGGACUAUGACUCGACCGAGCCACAACAUCUGGAGCUGCGCGAGCGCCUAGCGGACGCCGUUGCGUGCAUAUGGUGUAUCGGCGGGAAGGCGAACAGUUUCGCAACGGAGAAGGAGUUCGAGCGAGUGUGUCAUGGGUUUACGAUGAGGGCGGCGAGGUUCUUUUCGAGGGUGGCGAGCGUGGGGAAUCCGGGGAAGGCACACAAGUCGGGGAGGGCGUCACAGCCAUUCAGGUUCGUGUAUCUGUCAGGAAAGUUUGCGGAUCGGUCGGGGAAAGCGCACCAGGGAUGGAUAACAGUCGAGGCGCAGACGAGGAAUAUGAAGGGACGCACAGAGCGUGAACUGCUCGAACUUGCUUCGCACACUUUGUCUACACCACUCGCUUCUCCAGAUCCAGAAUCACAACCACCAUCUGCGCCUGCUCCCAAAGAGGAGGAGAAACCAUCAGUCGAACCAUUCGAGGCCGUCGAACCUCCCCCAAUCUCGGACGAACCGCCCGCAUACUCCGAGGAACCGCCCUCGCCGUCUUCCCAAUCUAAAUCACCACCUCCGCAGUCUACAUCCACCUCUUCGACAUCCGUACCUACCACCUCCACCACCUCUUUAACGUCAACGUCAUCAACAACCCCGCAAAACCCGAUCCCCUCCCAUCCCCUUACCGUGCUCGUCUUCCGCCCUGGCGGUAUCAUCGCGGGCAAGACCGUGCGCUCCCUCGGUGGGCUCACAGGACUAUUUGCCGAGCAGGCGCUGCAGCGCGCGCCGAGCGUCGUCAUCCACGUCGAGCGCGUCGCGCGUGUUCUCGUCGAUGCCGCCAUUGGCGUGCGUGUCGAGUGGCAGCGGGAUGCGCAUGGGAAGAAGAAGGACACGUGGGAAAGCGAGGAGAUGGUUAGUUGGAGUGUUGGCCUCGGGGUGUAGGAUGCUAUAAGAGUGGAUUGAGUGUGUGGUGAAUCGUUGGACCGCUUUUGUUGUGUUUUGUAUGGUGUGCUUUUAUCUUGGUUUACUUUGUAGUUUCCUGUGUAGAGUUAUACUAAUGUACCGGGUUUGUUAUUUACGCGUCUAUGAAAUCCUUGUUCUCCUUCAACUGUGAUAUCACACUACGUCAAGGCAAUGUUGUGGAAACAUGUACUCGUGUACAUUCGAUAAUUA